CUGUUCUUGACUCAUCUCUCCUUAUCCUCUUUUAGCUCAUCCCCCAAUUCGACUUCCUGCAAGCUAUGGAGGCAUUUCAAGUUGAACGAAGUGCACCAACCUGGCGAUGUGGUCCUGGGCGGACUGUUUGAGGUGCACUUCACGUCCGUGUUCCCUGAGCAGGCGUUCACUUCGGAGCCACAGCAGCCCGUGUGCCAGGGAUUUGACAUGUUAGGCUUCAGGCACGUCAUGACCAUGGUCUUCGCUGUGGAUGAGAUCAACAGAAGCAAGGAGCUUUUGCCAGGCCUGACUCUGGGCUAUCGACUUUACGACAACUGCGGCGAACUUGUGGUCGGUUUCAGUGGAGGGUUGUCACUCGUUGGGGGGCAAGAGAAGCAAUUUGUGUUGCAGGACGACUGUGUGGGACCCCCUCCGGUGCUUGGAAUUGUGGGUGAUUCCUAUUCGACAUUUUCUAUCGCCACGUCCAUGGUGCUAGGUUUAUACAGAAUGCCUAUUGUGAGCUACUUUUCUACUUGUUCCUGUCUGAGCAACCGGAAACGCUUCCCAUCAUUCUUCAGAACCAUCCCAAAUGACGACUUCCAGGUGCGAGCUUUGAUUCAGAUCCUGAAACACUUCGGUUGGACCUGGGCCGGUCUGCUGGUGACAGGUGACGAUUACGGAGUAGGUGUGGCUCGCGCCUUCCAGCACCAGCUGGCUGAGUCUGGCGGCGGCUGUCUGGCCUACCUGGAAGUCCUUCCCUGGGACAACGACACACCCGACCUUCAGAGGAUUGUGAACUUAAUGAGGACAUCAACAGCCCGCGUUGUCAUGGUGUUUGCACACGAGACCCACAUGCUGCAUCUGUUGGAUGAGGUUGAAAAGCAGAAUGUGACAGGCCUGCAGUGGAUAGCCAGUGAAGCCUGGUCUGCAGCCACAGUGCUGCAAACACCCCGUCUCUUGUACUACCUGAGGGGCACAGUGGGCAUCACUAUCCGUAGAGGAGAAAUACCGGGACUCCGCGACUUCCUCUCACAAAUACGCCCUGACAAACAUGAUGAUAGUGAAUACAGUCUGGUGAAAAAAUUCUGGGAAAACACAUUUCACUGUCGGUUCGCACCACUGGAAACGGGGGAAGUAACAUGCACAGGAAACGAAAACCUUACGAAUGUGGGGACAGAUUUUUUGGAUGUUUCGAAUCUCAGACCGGAGUAUAAUAUUUAUAAGGCAGUUUACGCACUUGCCCACGCUCUACAUGACCUGCUGCAGUGCGUACCUGGGAGAGGGCCUUUCGGGGGUCACAGUUGUGCUACUUUGCAGGGACUAGAGCCAUGGCAGCUUCUACAUUAUUUGCAAAAGGUCAAUUUUACCACAACUUUUGGUGACCAAGUGUCAUUUGACGACACUGGUGAUGCAGUACGGAUAUACGAUGUCACAAACUGGCAAACACUGCCUGAUGGCCAAAUUAAGAUUCAGCAUGUUGGGGAUGUUAAGGAAUCAGCACUAAAAGGCGAAGAGCUCACACUUCAUGAUGAUAAAAUUGUCUGGGGAUUUGGAUCCAAAACGCCUCCUCAGUCUGUGUGCAGUGAGAGUUGUCCUCCAGGUUCUCGCAUGGCCAGAAAGAAAAGUCAACCUGUGUGUUGCUUUGACUGCAUCCUUUGCUCCGAGGGCAAGAUCAGCAACAUGACAAACUCCAUGGAGUGCUCGAGCUGUCCAGAAGAUUUCUGGUCAAGUCCUCAGCGUGACCGUUGUGUGCCAAAGAAAAGAGAGUUCCUCUCCUACCACGAACCCCUCGGCAUCUGUUUGACAAGCUUCUCUUUACUAGGCACUUUAAUCUGCGCUGUUGUUCUGGGGAUUUUUAUUUAUAAUCGCAGCACGCCCAUUGUGCGGGCCAACAAUUCCGAACUCAGUUUCUUGCUCUUAAUGUCACUCAAGCUCUGCUUCCUCUGUUCACUUCUCUUCAUUGGUCACCCGAGGUUGUGGACGUGUCAGUUGAGGCACGCAGCGUUUGGCAUCAGCUUUGUACUUUGCGUGUCCUGCAUAUUGGUUAAAACUAUGGUCGUUCUGGCUGUGUUCAGGGCCUCCAAACCAGGAGGGGGAGCCAGUCUCAAGUGGUUUGGAGCCAUGCAGCAGCGAGGCACAAUUAUGGCUCUGACUUGCAUUCAGGCUGUAGUCUGCAUUGCUUGGAUUGUCUCUGCCUCACCAAAUCCUCAUAAAAACAUGAAUUACUACAAAGACAAGAUCGUUUAUGAGUGUGACAUCGGGUCCACGCUCGGUUUUGCGGUGCUAUUAGGCUAUAUUGCUUUACUGGCUAUCCUCAGCUUCCUUCUAGCAUUCAUGGUAAGAAAUCUCCCUGAUAACUUCAACGAGGCUAAACUGAUUACAUUCAGUAUGUUAAUAUUCGGUGCAGUGUGGGUCGCAUUUAUCCCUGCUUACAUCAACUCUCCGGGAAAUUACGCGGACGCAGUUGAGGUCUUUGCCAUCCUGGCCUCUAGCUUUGGCCUCUUGGUGGCGCUGUUUGGACCAAAAUGCUACAUAAUACUUCUGAGACCAGAGAGGAACACCAAGAAAGCCAUCAUGGGGCGAGGCACAGACAAGUCUCACAAGCACAUUUAG